AAAUAUAAAUUUAUAUUAAAAUACUGCAACCAAAUAAUUUUAUUUCACUCAAAUAUAUGUCUAUUUUCUUGGCAAAAAAAGACUUCCAAAAAUAUGCAAACAUGUUUUAUCCAUACAACUUCUAAUUGGCAUGAUUUUACUCACAAUUUUAUUGAAUAUUGUUUUUGUUAUUUUAUGUAAACAAAUAAAAUCUAUUAAUUUAAUAGCAAUGGAAAUGGAUGAAGUGUGUGUUUCACAUUUAUCGGAUAUAGAAAUUGCUGAAAAAAUGCGUCGCAGUAAUUACGAGAAAUUCAAAACUCUUGUCAGGAUGCACCUUUCUUUUCAGCUGGAUUUAAAUACAGACGAAUUUGAUUUACCUUGUCAUGAGGUUGUUUAUUAUGAGAAAGGUAAACUGAAGAAGUGGAAUCGUUUAUCGAAGAAAAUGAAAAGCUGCACUUCAGGAAAGACUAAUUCCAGUCCACCAGAGAUGAAUCGUUCUGCAUUAGAUCUUAAUUUCAUAAACCAAUUGAGGCAUUUAAAAAUGUUUAUUCUAAUGGAAGAGAAUGUAAUACAGGAAGGUAUAUUUCGUAAAACCGGGUCAUCGUCACGACAAAAUGAACUGCGUGCUCUCAUUCAAAGUGACUCAGAGUUAAAUUUAAGUGAAGGCUAUACAGUUCAUGACUGUGCUACUGUUUUCAAAAGUUUUCUGGCCGAAUUGCAUGAGCCUGUUCUAACUGAUGCUCACUAUCCAGCUCAUUCUCAGAUUGCUCCACUGUGCAAUGCGUUGCCGACAAAUGCGAUACUUGACAAAAAGAAAGAACAACACAUAUUGAAUUCAAUGCAAUUACUUCUACUCCUGCUGCCUCACGAAAAUCGAACACUCCUCCAGGAUAUUAUUGAAAUGUUACACAUAGUUUCGAGUCAUGAAAAUGAAAAUAAAAUGUCAUCGGAAAAUCUCGCCACUCUUUUCGCACCUCAUUUGAUAUGUCCACGAAAUUUACCACCAGAAGCUUUGCAUUAUGUGGCUCAAACUAUGUGCGCUAUCAUAACUUAUAUGAUAACCAAAGGUUUAGUUGUAUUUGAGAUUCCUGCAAAACUAGCAACAGAUAUACGAGCUUAUUUUCUCGAACGAAAACGAAAAAAAACUAUGUCACCUGAACAAACUCUAGAUGAAUCGAUUUCAGAUAUGUCGACUGUAAAUACAGUUUAUACAUUUGUUGAUCGAGAAAAAACUGCUGCGGCACAUAGUUCGAAUAAUACAGACACCGAAUUGGCACAAUUAUAUGCUCAUAUUCAAACACUUCCCGAAUCUUCAAAGAAACGAAGAUUGAUUAAGCAGUUUAAUAAACAGAAUGGUCAAGGAACUCCACUUCAAUUAGUGACUUUGAAUCGAAUCAAACAUGCUGAACCUUCGCGAAGUGGUAAAUCAAUAAGCGAUUCUAUUAAAAAGCACAUCUUCCAUAAGGGAAUCAUAUCAAGGACACCAAAAAGGACGGCUGUCGCAUUAAAUUCUCAGGGUACACCCAAUUUCUCGACAAAGAAUCCAAAACUACGUGUCCUAUUCCAAAGCCCAAUUUCGAAUGCACCCUUCCAUAGCAAUUCAGGGACACCAUCAAGUUCAUCAUCAUCAUCAUUAUCAUCUAAUUUAUUUUCAAUUAAAACGCAUCCUUUAAAAAAAUCUAUUUCCUCAUCUUCUCUAUUACUAACAAAUUCCAUCAUCAAUAAUUCCCGCCAAGAUCAUACAUCUAUUUCGGCACCAGUCAGUCGAACUACUUCAAGUGAAUUAGAAGAAGCUUCUUGCACAACACCAUUAAAAAUUGUUUGUGAAGACACAUCAUACAAUAGCACCUCAACACCUGCUCCAAAUAAUGUCUUGGAAACAAAAUCUGUAAUAUGGAAAUCUACAACAUUACAAGAGGACGAUAACGACCACGAUGAAACUGAUAAUAAUCCAUCAACUCCAAUGAACAAUAAUAAUAGCAAACAAAAUCAAAUAGAAUAUCAAUCAAGAUACAAAUCCGAACCGAAUCUAAGUAGAAUUAUGAAAGAGCACAAGGAAAUACCAAUAAGUAAAAGUAAAUCAUUGACAAGAAAGCUAAUAAAAGGUGUAAGCAUGGGAAACUUACGAUUACCCUUUGCUAAUGAUUCUAGUAAAAGAUUUAGACGCUCAGCAAUGUCGUUGAGGCGUAAUGUGAGUGAUGAAAGUGAAACUUUUCAAGAAGAAAACGAAUCAGAUUAUGAAUCUGAGAAACCAAUGGACGAAGAAGAAGAAGAUAAUGAUGAGAAUAAUACAAUUGAAAUGACUACAUCACAUUUGUCAUAUUAUCGGAAUUUGGAACUAAUAACAAGUACUCCAUCUAUGAUGUUAGAACGUCGAUCAAUGUCUCCAAUUACUAAAUCUACACAACGAAUGCCCAAAUCGAUGCAGGAAUCUAUUAUGACACCGCGAUCUAGAAAACCGGUUAUGCUCACAACAACUCAAGGCUCUUCUGAACAAAAUCAGACAUUUUACCAAAGCGAUUUAUCUAGUUUUCGAGAACAAGAUGAAGAUUCAAUUGUGGGACAGACUUCUUGUGGUCCAAAACAAAACAUCCCAGACAAAAGACAACAACCCGGGCAAGUUGGCGGUGUUGGCGCUGCAGAAGGAUCACUUUCCAAUCAUUUUAAGGAUUAUCUUCUCAGUCGCAGUGUUUUAACCGCCAGUCCCGUGGAUUCAUCCUUCUUUAGUCAAACAGAUGACUAUGGUUCGACGCAAGACAUUGAGGAUUUAGAUGAAUCACAAUUGAGUUCGAGUUUAUUAUACUGCCUCGAUGGCAAUCGGCCAGUAGAGUUCCAACAACAAGGCAAUGAUCGAAUAACCGAUGAUGAUGUAAAUCAACAACCAACAUCGAGUACAAAUUCCGUCAGUCGGAAACGUGCAGCUUCUAUUGAUAUUGUAGAUGAUAAUAAGGAAAAUAAUGUGAGCAAAACUGAAAAUUUUGUACUCACAAAAAAAUUAUUUAUAACUGAGUACGAAGGUAAGCCAGGGGGUGAAACUUCGUUUUGACGCGUAAUAUAUAGACUUUAUCUUAGUGUAUAAAUAAAAAAAAAUUAUUAGAAAACCAAACACAAUACAUAUAUAAUUAAAAUUAUAUCUAUUCAUUUAUAUAUAUUUAUAUAUUCUAUUAAUGGAAUAAGGAAGAGAUUAUAUAUAUAAUUAAGUUAUUUUUUUUUUUUAAUUACGUAUUAUAUCUUCCCAUUUUCUAUGUUUUAUCUAUUCAUCAAGUUAAUAUUUAUGUACUUGGGUACACCCAACAAAAGGGUUUGACAAAUAAAUAUAUUCUUUAAAGUUA